AUGAAAAUAAUAAAAGAAGAAGAAGAUGCAAAAUAUAAUAUUUCACCAUUUCUAAAAUAUGAACAAAAUUCAAACGAUGAAACAGCUUCAAAUACUAUUCUCAAUUUUGAUAAUCGUCUUAUAGUUAGUGAUGCAGAAUUAGCAGCACAUUUACAAGCAGAAGAAAAUCAAAAACAACAGAGACGUAAUCAACGACGAAUACCACAUUCAACAACAAAUCGAAAUCGUCAAUCUAAUGAAUCUGAGACUAUACCUAUUCCACCUUUUCUUAAUCCUACAAAUCAUCAUCCUUCAUCUGGUGGAAAUAAUAAUCGUGUUGACAAUAGUGUUGCAUCUUUAAUUCGAGCUCUUGCCUCUAGUGGUGUAUCAUCUCGUGGUUCUCAUCAUUUUCGUGGUCAGGGAAAUAGAAAUAUUGAAAAUACUGAAGGAGAUUUUGGCCCAGAUGAUUAUAAAAAUUCAGUUGAACUAGAUGAGUCAAUCAGGAAAAAAGCUUUAUCUAAUAAUCAAAUUAAUAGAUUACCAACUGAAAUAUUUCGUCGUUUACCAAAUACAAGUGCUGAAGAAAAUCAAUGCAGUAUUUGUUGGGAUGAUUUUGAAUCAAAUCAAACAUUACGUCGAUUACCAUGUGUUCAUCGAUAUCAUCAAAUUUGUAUAGAUAAUUGGUUAAAAGUAAGUCAAUCUCUAUUUGUAUAUCAUUUCAAAAAUCUAUUUGAGUUUGUUUUUUUUGUUUUCGUUUAAACUUAUAGACUAAUAAUUUGUGUCCCGUUUGUCGGAACGCCAUCAAUUAAAUAAUCAAUAAAUGAUUGAAUAUAUUGUUCUCCAUGAUAAUAAACUUUCACAUGGUGAAUUGCUUUCUGUUUUUUUGUCUCAAUAUACAAUUUAUAUUGAUAAUAUAAUUAUACUCUUCAAUAAAAAUGUGAUAUUUUUACUCCUGUAAAUAGUCUAUUGUCAUUAUUCAUAUCAUUUCUUUUUUUUAAUACUAAGAUAAAAAAUAAUCAUGAUUAUAAUUUUUAUAUAUAUCCACUUUUAAAAUAGUUCAUCGAUAUACAGUAUGUAAAAAAAUUAUUUGGACACUUCGUUAUAUAUUCCUUGUAAAGCAAUU